AUGGAAGAAAGGAUGACUUUAUGCAACAUGGUGAUAGAAGCUGGUGGAAAGAAUGGCGUCAUUCCUGCUGAUGCCACUACUUGUAGUUAUCUUGAGGUGAAGACUGCUGUGACAAUGACUGAGAAAAUCUUGGAUAGGACUUUUGAGAAGACCCAUUUGAGUUCCGGUGAAAAUGUUUGGGUAAACGUUAAUAUCUUGAUGACUCAUGAUGUUUGUGUCCCUGAUUCUAUUGGUAUCUUCAAGAAAGAAUUUGGGCAGAAUGCCAAGGUCUUGUUAGGUACAGACUCACACACCUGUACUGCCGGUGCAUUUGGGCAAUUUGCCACUGGAAUUGGCAACACUGAUGCUGGUUUUGUAAUGGGUGCUGGGAAGCUCUUGCUUAAGGUACCACCAACUUUGAGGUUCGUAAUGGAUGGGGAAAUGCCUGACUAUGUACUUGCUAAGGAUUUGAUUUUGCAAGUGAGUUUGAGAUGG